UUGAUAUUGAUUGAUAUUUAAUAUAGUGCGCAUUUGCUUUCAAUGAUUUAAAAUAAUGUGAUAUGUGAUUUUCAAGUUGUUUCCAAGUAUUUUUGACUUUUCUAAAUUACUUAUAAGUGAUAUUAAUUACUUGUAGGCAUUCGUAACACUUUAUUAUUUUUCAUUUCAAAAUGGCUAAAGAAAUGAGAAUAAAUGAUUUACCAUUAGAAAUAUUUUUGGAAAUACUAGUAAGAACGGAUAUAGGGACAGUUGUAACGUGCCGAAGCGUUUGUAAAAAAUGGAAAAAUAUUAUUGAUGAAAAUGAGAUAAUAUGGGGUAAAAUUUGUGAAAUUGAAUUCGAACCUUUGACUCCAUUGAUCAAAAGUAGAGCCAAAGGUGAGAUCGAAUGGUGUCAUGUAUAUUUGAACCUAGCAGUUUGGUCAAAUAUAAAAGAAUAUGAGUACAAUAUACAUGUGCUUUGUUCAAUGGUUUGUUCUGAAUUUGAACCAAUUAUUGUUCCUGAUUAUGGUGUACUCCCAGUGAAAAUAUACAGUGAUGUAUCUUUCUACGAUUUAGCCACCCUUGAGGUCAUGCCAAUAGUAAUCAAAGAUAUUGAAUGUAAAAAAAUUUCCCAUAAUGAUAUUGUGACUGUUUACUUGACAAAGAACAAGUUGUAUGUACAAAAAUCCCCUGAUUCUUCUAAUCCAACAGAAGAAUUGUUUGAGGCGGAGAAUUUUGUAUUGUGUGAUAAACAAUUAUACUUUUACAACAACAAAGAUGUAUUCCAAUGUGAUCUUACAUCGGAGACGAUUACACCAAAGUUAAUAAUUAGUCGCAAAUAUGUAUUCAAAGAGAUAGUAUACUGUGACAAUGUGUUAUAUUUAUUUACUAUAUGCCACAAAGCUAUAAGUAUUACCAAUGAUAACGAGGUCACAGAAACAAAGAUAAAUGCCCCUGUUAAAUGGCUACACUAUUUGUGUGAUGUUCACUCUGUGAAUAAAUACAAUAUCAUCUCAUAUUCUCAUAAUAUGCAUAAAACUAACAUGCAGACAAUGUUUUCCAUGUUCGCAUCGGGUCCACAAAUUAGCGCAGUGUGCUUCUAUGCUGAUAUUAUCAUUAUUGGAAGAAAAAGUGGACAAAUAUUGUUAUCUCGGAUGUCACAAUUAAAGGAUUCAGUUCGUGAACAACAAUUUGAAAAGAUAGCACAACUGCCGAGUCGCAAAUAUGCAGUUAAAAUUUGUGUUUGUGAAAGGAAAUGUGGACCUCUUAUUGUUAUAUUUACAGUAAGAGAUGUUAUAUUGGUGGAGUAUAACUUGUUGCUGCAUGAAGAUAAACCCAAAGGUAUGUCGAAGGAAAAAAACGAUAUACUAAAAAGGUUGCAAAGAAUUCAAGAAAGGAUGAAGUCUAAGUAUGCUAAAAAACUUGAUGAAGAGGCAUAAACAAAGAUAGACUGACCGCUACAAUUCUAACCGUGAGUUUCUGAGACCAAAAUCUUUGUAUAAAAUAUAUUGUCAUUAAUCGAAGACCACAUUGCGUUAUUAUCUUUGACAAAACAGAGAUAACAUUAUGUUUUAAAUGGAAAUAUCGGUUUCAGAAACUUACGUUAAAUCCAACGCCAACAGAGACACAUUAAAUUCUGUACAGUGGCCAUUACGAUAUUAAUUUUUUUAAUUUACUUUGUCAAAUCGUUACAAUAUUAAAUUUUAAAAAAUUAUUUUGUAUAAUUGUGAGAUAAAAUCAAGUCAUAUUCUAAAUAAGAGUAAAUGUUACAUAGUUGUGUCAGAAAUGUGUUUUAUCGGAAAUAUUUUAUUAUUUUUAAUUUAUAAUGUAAAAUGCAAUUAAUAUCUUGGCGGGCCAAGGUCAUAAAGGUAGUCUCUCCCCGCAUCGCAUUACAUCAAACAUUGUGUUCUACGCAGCAACUCUUAAGUGUCGCUAAGAAAUCUGAAAACAUUUUUAAUACUUUGUCUUAAAUGUUGUAAUGUCAUGUAGUUUAGAUUCUUGUCACUAUGUAUUGUGUGUGUAGUGAUGAACUUCUUUAAGUCAUGAUGAUGGACAAAAUCGUAGGCAGAAGAUGAGUUGGAAGGAAAAGAAAGACAUGGUAAAAAAACAUCAGGGAAUGGACCAUAUUGCCAAAGUUGAAUAACUUUUUUGCUUGGCACAGGACGGGGAUGGAUUUGCUGAGCUGCCGGUCAACCUCCAGUAAUGGAGGAUUUAUAAAUGUACAUAUUUUAUUAUAUCCCUAACUUGGAGUUAAAGUGGUGUAUGUAACAUUUUUGGCUAAAAUCUAUGCAAUAUGAUAAAUAAAUCUGGGUUGUAUCUGU